CCGUGCCCCAGCCUUUCUCCAUUUCCCCAAACCCCAGCUACGCAUUCCGUUCCGGCGCCGCCGCCGCCGCGCACCGCCAGCGAUGGCCGCCACCGCCGCCGCCGACGUCGCACCGCCCACUGCCUCGGGCUACCUCGACCCCUCCUACUGGGACGAGCGGUUCGGUAAGGAGGAGCACUACGAGUGGUUCAAGGACUUCUCCCACUUCCGCCAUCUCCUCGCGCCGCUCCUCUCCCCGUCCCUCUCGGUCCUCGAGGUCGGGUGCGGAAACUCGCAGCUCGGGGAGGAGCUGCUGCGGGAGGGCGUCGCCGGCGGCAUCACCUGCGUCGACCUCUCCCCCGUCGCCGUCCAGCGGAUGCGCGACCGCCUCGCGGCUCAGGGCACCAAAGGCGUGGAUGUUGUGGUGGCCGACAUGCUCGACUUGCCAUUCGAGCAAGAGAGCUUUGACCUUGUGAUUGAGAAGGGCACCAUGGAUGUAUUGUUUGUGGACAGCGGCGAUCCAUGGAACCCCAAUCCUACAACAGUAAAAAACGUGAUGAAAAUGCUUGAAUGUAUCCACAGGGUUUUGAAACCAGAAGGCAUAUUUGUAUCAAUUACCUUCGGACAGCCACACUUUCGACGCCGAUUUUUUGAAGCUCCCGAGUUUACAUGGUCUGUUGAGUACAGUACCUUUGGUGACGGCUUUCAUUAUUUCUUUUACACUCUUAAGAAGGGAAAGAGGUCACUGGAGUCCAACAGUUACCAAAAUAUAAUACCUCCUGCUCCAAGAAUAAAUAUGGUCCAUGAGGAGCUCGAGAGCGAGGAUUUUAUAUUCCGCACAAAUGUUGAUGAGUUGUGAGUAGCAGGUUAACUAGCGAGUGCCUCAAGGUUUGAAGGUUUGAUGAAAGAAGAAGCUAACACAUCAAAAGAGAGAUGCGUUUGUCACCCUGCAAUGGUGUUUGUGGUCCUUGUUGUGCAAUGGCGUGCUAGGGAUCUAUGUACAAUAUGGUUGUACAUUGCGUGCUUGUGUUAGCUCUAGUUAAAGAAUACUGUGACAUCCUUUUUCCCGAUUAUGACAUGUCAAUUUCAUAGGUACAAAAUCAUAUAUUUGCCGGUAGCUGUUUACUGGGAGCAAGCCUGCCCUAAAUUUUGUUUUUGAACUCGACGAGAAACUAGAACUUAGGGUGGGAUCCUGGAAAUGGCAUGGCUUUGUUUGAGUUGGUUCAUCUA